AUGAACAAUUUCUGGCCCAAGAAGCCUUUCUCUAUCGCCAUCAUUGGCGGAGGCCUUGCCGGCCUCAGUUUAGCCCGGGGUCUCCUCCGUCGUGGCAUCAGCUGUCAAGUCUUUGAAGCUGCACCCGCGUUUGCUGACAUUGGAGCCGGUCUCAGCUUUGCCCUGAAUUCUUUGGAGGCACUGAAAGCGGUCGACCCCGACUCCUACGAGUGUUUCCUCAAGCGGUGCAACGAAAUGUCGGAGAAGGAGGACGUAUACAUGACCUACCGAGACGGGAAUGCAGUAGACAACCACCCAGUCACAACUCUAUAUUGCAAAGGCUCUGGGCAGCAGGCCGUGCACCGCACACUUCUAGUCAAGGACAUGGUGUCCUUGAUGCCUGAGGGCACCUGGCACAUGGACAAGAGGCUGACAUCCAUUGAGGAGAACCCGUCCGGCGGAGUUACCCUGGGCUUCGAGGACGGAACAAAGUCUGACGCUGAUGCCGUUAUUGGGGCGGACGGAAUCAAAUCUCGAACUCGGCAAAUCCUCUUGGGAGAAGACAAUCCCGAUGCCAAGCCCAAGUAUUCAGGGGAGUUCGGCUACCGCAGUCUUGUGCCAAUGGACAAGGCUACAGAGGUCCUCGGCGAGAACUUUGCAAAGAACGGCAAUGUCAAUAUUUCUGAUGGAGCCCUCACAACCACUUAUCCUGUCGAAAAGGGAACCAUGCUUAACGUUGUGGCAGCGCGUGACCAGCCAACCUGGGACGAUCCAAGCUGGGUUAUUCCAGCAAACAAGGAGAUGGUCGAGCGAGAAUUCAAAGAGUCUGGGCCACAGAUACAGAAAGUUGUGUCUCUGUUGGAGAAUCCGCAGAAAUGGUCGCUCUGGCAUCAUCCAGACGCCACUACCUUCUACCGUGGUCGAUUCUGUAUUAUUGGUGAUGCUGCACACGCGGCCACACCUCACCAAGGCGCAGGCGCCGGGCAAGCGUUUGAAGAUGCUUUAGUCCUGGCUCGGCUUCUGGCGGAUGAUAACAUCAAAACUGCCGAUGAUAUUGAGACGGCGUUUGCUGCGUUCGACGCCAUCCGUCGACCACGAACUCUGAAGAUCGUCGACACGAGCAGAGAAAAUGGUGAAAUUUGCAUGAAGAAGGGUGAGGAGACGGGAGGCGACCUCGAAAAGAUCAAGAACAACCUAGAACACAGAUUUAACUGGAUCUGGUACGACAACCUUGAGGGUCAGGUCGAUCAAGCCAAGGAGAAGUUGAAGGAUCUGAAAGGUCCAGAAUUUGAGGAAGACAGAAGAUCUCCCUCACAGCGCGAGGCUCUCGAUGAGUCGACUCUGGAAGCCUCGUACCGACCCGCAAUCCUUAGGAACGAGAGCUUUUCGCAGCUGGGCUCUCCAGCGAACCCAGUUGUGAAAGUGUGA